AAAGCAGGAUCAACAACUUCAGAAAUGAAGCACGUGGCUUAUAAGAUGAAGUUACUUCAGGCAUUUUUGAUUCUGUCACUUCAUAAUUACACAUCAACUGGAGAUGGUGAAAUAAGAUCAAGCUGCAGAACUGCUCCAACAGAUUUGGUUUUCAUCCUAGAUGGGUCAUACAGUGUUGGACCUGAAAACUUUGAAAUAGUAAAAAAAUGGCUUGUUAAUAUAACAAAGAACUUUGAUAUAGGACCAAAGUUUAUUCAGGUUGGGGUGGUUCAGUACAGUGAUUACCCUGUUCUUGAAAUCCCACUAGGAAGUCAUGAUUCUCUAGAGAAUUUAAUACAAGCAAUGGAAUCCAUCCAGUAUUUAGGUGGAAAUACCAGAACAGGGAAAGCUAUUCAAUUUGCUCUUGACCACCUUUUUGCAAAAUCACAGAGAUUUCUAACUAAAAUAGCAGUUGUUCUUACUGAUGGCAAAUCCCAAGAUGAAGUCAAAGAUGCAGCAGAAGCAGCACGAGACAGUAAAAUAACUAUGUUUGCCAUUGGUGUUGGCUCAGAAACUGAAGAUGCAGAACUCAGAGCAAUCGCCAACAAGCCCUCGUAUACUUAUGUAUUUUAUGUUGAAGAUUAUAUUGCAAUAUCCAAAAUAAGAGAAGUGAUAAAACAGAAACUUUGUGAAGAGUCUGUAUGUCCAACAAGAAUCCCAGUGGCAGCCCGUGAUGAAAAGGGAUUUGAUAUUCUUUUAGGAUUAGGUGUGAGGAAAAAGGUUAAAAAACAAAUUCAGGUUUCACCAACUAAGACAAAAGCUUAUGAAGUAACAUCAGAGUUUGAUUUAUCAGAAGCUACAAGCAAUGUUUUUCCUGAAGGUCUCCCUCCAUCGUAUGUAUUUGUCUCCACUCAGAGGUUUAAGGUCAAGAAAAGGUGGGAUUUGUGGAGAAUUUUAACUAUUGAUGGGAGACCACAGAUAGCAGUUACCAUAAAUGGAGAAGAUAAAACUUUAUUGUUUACUACUACCAGCAUAAUAAAUGGAACACAGGUCGUCACCUUUACUGAUCCAAGGGUUAAGACACUUUUUGAUGGAGGCUGGCAUCAAAUUCGGCUAUUAGUCACAGAAGAUGAUGUAACUUUGCACAUUGAUGAUCAACCAAUUGAAAGCAAGUUACUCCAUCCAGUUUUGGGUAUAUACAUCAGUGGGCAAACACAAAUAGGAAAGUACUUUGGGAAAGAGGAAACUGUCCAGUUUGAUGUCCAAAAAUUGAGAAUCUAUUGUGACCCAGAACAGAACAACCGAGAAACAGCUUGUGAAAUUCCUGGAUUUAAUGGAGAGUGCCUCAAUGGCCCCAGUGAUGUCGGUUCUACUCCAUUGCCUUGUGUAUGUCCACCAGGAAAACCAGGACUACAAGGCCCAAAAGGAGAUCCUGGGCAGCCUGGAAACCAUGGCUAUCCGGGACAACCUGGUCCAGAUGGUAAGCCUGGAUAUCAAGGAAUCUCAGGAACUCCAGGUAGUCCAGGAUUGCCUGGUGUGCAAGGGCCACGUGGGAUACCUGGCUACAAAGGAGAACCAGGGAGGGUUGGUGAUAAGGGUGAGCAAGGACAUCCUGGAUUUCCUGGCCUGCAUGGAAUGCCGGCAUCAAAGGGUGAAAAGGGCCCCAAAGGAGAGAAAGGAUUGCCAGGAUUUUACGGGAAAAAGGGGGCAAAAGGUGAGAAGGGUGAUCCUGGAUUUCCAGGUCUACCUGGACGUGCUGGGGAAACUGGAAGAAACGGAAAGGAUGGGUUCCCUGGGAGUCCUGGUUUCAAGGGAGAAAUUGGGGAGCAGGGUGCUCCAGGACUGGAAGGACACCGAGGAGAACCUGGAAUACCUGGAUUUCCUGGAAGUCAAGGACCAAUGGGACAAAAGGGAGAAACUGGCCCUCAAGGAGAUCCAGGGAAGAAAGGAGCACCUGGGCUAGCAGGUGUGAUGGGACGUGAUGGAUCUCCUGGACUACCUGGAAUACCUGGACUUAAGGGAAGUAAAGGUGAACCUGGAAUUAGAGGAAUAUCAGGAACUUCUGGGGGCAAGGGAGAACAAGGAGCUUUGGGGCCUCCAGGAGAACCAGGAUACACAGGCUUACCUGGAGCACAAGGACAAAAGGGUGACAAAGGAAACCCAGGUGAAAGAGGUAUCCAGGGUCAAAAGGGAGAAGAUGGAAGAUCAGGAACUCCAGGCCAACCGGGAACCCAGGGUCAACAUGGUGCAAGAGGGGAGAAGGGUGAGAAAGGAGACCCUGGCAUCCGGGGUCCCAGCGGACAGAAAGGUGAAUCAGGAGAGAAUGGCUCAAUGGGCCCUGUAGGUCCAAGGGGACAACCUGGAGACACCGGUCCCCCUGGCCCUUCUGGAUUAGAUGGAAAACCGGGAAGAGAGUUUUCGGAACAGUUUAUCCGGCAAGUUUGCACGGAUGUGUUGAGAGCCCAGCUGCCGGUCUUACUUCACAGUGGAAGGCUGCAAAAUUGUGAUCGUUGUCAGUCCCAAGAUGGCUCUCCAGGUGCUCCCGGACCACCUGGCCCAACAGGACCAGAAGGCCCCAGAGGAUUCCCUGGUUUUCCAGGGAGAGAUGGGGUUCCAGGACAGAUGGGAGCACCUGGGCGUCCCGGUGCCCGGGGACUAAAAGGGCAACCAGGAAGAAAUGGAGUAAAGGGCACUCAAGGGUUCGGGAAUCCAGGAGAACAGGGACCCCCUGGCCCACCUGGUCCAGAAGGUCCUCCAGGAAUCAGCAAAGAAGGGCGUCCUGGGGAACCGGGUCUUCCAGGCAAAGAUGGGGAUCAUGGAAAUCCUGGAAUUCAAGGACGAACUGGGCCCCCCGGAAUAUGUGAUCCAUCUCUCUGCUUUAGUGUUAUUGUAGGAAGAGAUCCAUUCAGGAAAGGACCAAACUAUUAAUAUGUCAUGCCUUCGCCAGCAAAACAGGCCCGGUGCUUACCUUCUAUGGUCUUUCAAGUCUCAGGAAGAUUACCAGCGACACUCCCUUGAAAAUAAAUUAACGUACCUCUAGUUUCGUAAAAGAACAAAUCCAAUGGUCUUAAUCGCAUAAGUAAAAGAUUGGCCAUUUUGAUUCUAAAGGCUCUUCACUAAUACUUGUGGCUUUUAGUUUGGUAGCAUUGAUUAUCUCCCAAAGGUUUCUGGUUGAGUCUAUUCAUUUCAGUGUAUAAAUUGAAUACAAUAAAAUUAUCCACAACCAUUGCCUUGUAGCAAACUGAAUAUUAGUUGAUCACUUGCAAAUCACUGUGAAAUGUUUCACAUUUAGCCUUCAUGCAGUAAAUCAUUUCAUUUUAUUAUCAGAAUGUGGCUAGUUCAUUUUGUGUCUAUGUGAAUCUCAUCCUUAUUUAUCCUUCUUGUCUCAUAGCUCGUGCUUUAACACUAGCUAAGAAAAGCUAUAUUUCAUUUUGAAAAAACUAAUACUGUCCUGCUUUGUCAUCACUUCAACCACAUCCUAAAUAAGUUUGUUUAGUGAUAAUGGUUUUAGAUUGUGGAUAGAAUUAGACCAAAAAUAUUUGACAUUAAAUUUUACCAAAAUUAUUAUUUUUUUUACUCUACAUUUAUAUUCUAGAGUCUCAUUGGAAAAUCUUAUUUUUAUUUGUGCAUAUAAACUUUCAUCUCAGUGUCAUUAAAUCUGUUAAAUGUGUCUCAUGACAAAAGGAAAAAUUUCACAAGUAAUUCAUGCUCUCCAAUUGCCAAGUCUGUGUGCUGGUUCAUUUUUCAGUUUUAAUUAAAUAAAACAACUGUAUGCUAAUUUUCAUUGUAUGCAAAGUUAGCAGGAAAUAAUAGCAAGUCCAAAAGAAAGCAAAUGCACAAAUUGUAUUAGAUUUUGACAUGUGUAAGACUAUUAAAUUAAUAUGAACAGUCCUGUACUGUACUUGGAUUUAUAAGUGAUUUUUUAGAGUUUUGUUCAGUUGACAUGCUAUAACUUUUGUAAUGUGCUUGACAUUCAAGGUAAAAUAAAAUUUUGUACAGAUUUUAUGGUAAUGAAUGAAUUAUACUUUGAAUUAUACAAUGAAUU